AGAUGGAGGUGUGACGUCAGCAGCAGGACCAUCUCCUCCUCCUCCUCCUCCCAUCUCUGCUGCUGCUCCCUGCUCUCCUGAGGAGGACCUGCCUGUUCAGGACUGACACCAUGGGAGGGUUAGAUGCUCUCCGACAAUUUAGAUUUCUCCAGUGGCUCCGAGAAGAGCGGCAGUCCAGGAAACUGAUUCUGUUCAUUGUUUUUGUGGCUCUGCUCCUGGACAACAUGCUGCUGACGGUGGUCGUUCCCAUCAUUCCCAGUUACCUGUACAACCUGGAUGAGUCAGCAGAUGCCGUGAGGAACAACAGCCUGCUGCACCAGCAGGAUCCUGCAAGAUCAUUUCGCUCCAUCGUGUCUUUAUACGACAACAGCGUCAAGCAGUCAGGCUUCAACUCCACGACCCGGUCCGCCGACCCGGUUCCUCCCACCCCAGCUGGUUCUGAGCUGCUACAGAACUCCUCCGACUGCCCCCGGUUCUCCAAAAAGCUGCUGAAUGAAAAUGUAAAAGUGGGAAUGUUGUUUGCUUCCAAAGCCACAGUGCAGCUGCUCACCAACCCAUUCAUCGGACCGCUCACCAACAGAAUAGGGUACCAACUCCCGAUAUUUGCUGGCUUCUGCAUCAUGUUCCUCUCCACCAUCAUGUUCGCCUUCUCCUCCAGCUACGCUCUGCUGUUUCUGGCCAGAUCUCUCCAGGGCGUGGGCUCCUCCUGCUCAUCCGUGGCUGGUAUGGGAAUGCUUGCCAGUGUGUAUACAGAUGAUGAAGAACGAGGUCAUGCCAUCGGCAUCGCCCUGGGAGGUCUGGCUUUGGGAGUGUUGGUUGGACCCCCAUUUGGAAGUGUGAUGUAUGACUUUGUUGGGAAAACCGCUCCUUUCCUUAUCCUGGCGUUCCUGGCGUUAUUCGAUGGAGCUCUACAGCUUUUUGUUCUUCAGCCGACUAAAGUGGAACCAGAGAGUCAGAAGGGGACGUCGCUCUUCACUCUCAUGAAGGAUCCUUACAUCUUAAUUGCUGCUGGUGCGAUCUGUUUUGGAAAUAUGGCGAUCGCCAUGAUGGAGCCGACGCUGCCAAUCUGGAUGAUGGAGACCAUGUGUGCCAGGAAAUGGCAGCUAGGCGUUGCUUUUCUCCCUGCAUCCAUCUCCUACCUUAUUGGAACCAACAUCUUUGGGACGUUGGCACACAAGAUGGGGAGAUGGUUGUGUGCUCUCAUCGGAAUGGUGGUGGUCGGGUUCAGCGUGUUGUGUGUUCCAUUUGCCAAAGACAUCUACGGGUUAAUCCUCCCAAACUUUGGAGUUGGUUUUGCGAUUGGCAUGGUGGAUUCCUCCAUGAUGCCUAUAAUGGGUUACCUGGUGGACCUGAGACACGUGUCCGUGUACGGGAGCGUGUACGCCAUCGCUGAUGUGGCUUUCUGCAUGGGGUUUGCUUUAGGUCCCUCCAUCGGUGGCUCCAUAGCUGAGAGCAUUGGCUUCUCCUGGCUGAUGACCAUCAUUGGAAUAGUGGAUAUUUUCUUCGCUCCGCUUUGCCUUUUCCUCAGGAAUCCACCUGGACAAGAAGAGAAAAUUGCGAUCUUAAUGGACAUCAACUGCUCAACAAAGACAAGGUCCUACUCUACACAGGGGACGUACUACCAGGGUGAAGACAUGGACCCAGAAUAUGAAGAUUAUGAUUAACAGCACUCCAGCCAUGCAGGUUAACCAUUCAGAGGAUUUAUUUUGUUGUACAAAACAAGAAAGAACAUGGAAGUAAAAAAAACUAUGAAAAAACAGCCAAGAUGUUUCCAUGUGAAUGUCGUCUCUGUCCAGUGUUCUCUUAGCAGUCGUACCGCAGAAAACCAAAGUCGUUCUUCAUCUGUGGUUGCAAGUGCAUCGUGUGAGAGAUAUUUUUAGCUAAUGGCCUUAUUCUGUGGGAAGAUGUGUCAAAAAGCACUUUUCUAGAUAGUUGGGGGGGAGGGGUUGCUAGGCAAAACGUGUUUUUCUGGUUUGUUUUAGACACAAAACUGUUUUAAUUCCUGUUUUUAUUCUUGACUUUUACCUGUUGUGUCUGUCCAGAGUAUCAUUAGCUGACUUUGGUUCAACUUGGUGACAUAAUGGAUAAUUGUGGAUAAUUUUGUGCAAUUAAAGCAACUUUUUUUAUUAUAA